AUGAAUGUGGAAUGGGUGCACCCCAGCCAGACCCUAAUCUGGGCCAUUUGGAUCCUUGUAGCUGUCAUCAUGGAGCCUGUGAAUGAAGUGCCACAGAGGAACACCAGGCUAGGACGGGUCCAGGGAAAGCAAGUAAAAGUGUCAGGAAGUCCCACACCUGUAAAUGUGUUUCUUGGAAUACCCUUUGCAGUGCCCCCUCUUGGAUCCCUGCGAUUUGCAAACCCACAGCCAGCAGUGCCCUGGAAUGACUUGCUAGAGGCCACUUCCUACCCUGCAUUAUGCUUCCAGAGCUUGGAGUGGAUGUUAUUAAAUCAACGCAUUCUCAAGGUGCAUUACCCCAAACUUGAAGUGUCGGAAGACUGCCUGUACCUUAACAUCUAUGCACCAGCUCAUGCUGAUGUGGGCUCCAAUCUCCCUGUCAUGGUGUGGUUCCUAGGGGGCGGCUUUGAGAAUGGCUCAGCCUCCAUCUUUGAUGGAUCUGCCCUAGCUGCCUAUGAGGAUGUGCUGGUUUUAACCACACAGUACCGGCUAGGAAUAUUUGGCUUCUUCAACACAGGGGACCAGCAUGCCCCAGGAAACUGGGCCUUCAUGGACCAGUUGGUUGCCUUGUCCUGGGUCCAGGAGAACAUCAAAAGCUUUGGUGGGGACCCAGGCUCUGUGACCACCUUCGGCGAGUCAGCAGAAGCCAUAAGUGUUUCCAGCCUCAUUCUGUCUCCCUUGGCCAAGGGAUUAUUUCAUAAAGCCAUCAUGGAGAGUGGAGUGGCCAUCAUGCCUAACCUGAGGAAUCCUGAUGAAAAGAGUAAGGAUUUGCAGAUGGUUGCAGAUAUCUGUGGUUGCAAUGCGUCAGACUCCCAGGCUCUUCUGAACUGCCUGCAGGCAAAAUCCUCCAAUGACUUGCUGAACCUUGGCCAGAAAACAAAGUCUUUUAAUGGAGUGGUUGAUGGUCUUUUCUUUCCUGAUGAGCCUUUAGAAAUACUGUCUCAGAAAACAUUUAAAGCAGUGCCUUCUAUCAUUGGAGUCAAUAACCACGAGUGUGGCUUCAUGCUGCCCACGCAGGAGAUUCCUGAGAUCCUUAGUGGUUCCAGCAUAUCUCUUACCUUUCACAUGAUACACUCUCUCCUGCACAUCCCCAUCCCAUAUUUGCAUGCUGUGGCUAAUGAAUAUUUCCCUGAAAAGCACUCCCCGAUUGAAGUCCGAGAUAGUUUGUUGGACUUGCUUGGAGAUGUGUUGUUUGUGGUCCCUGGGCUGGUCACAGCUCGAUAUCACAGAGAUGCUGGUGCACCUGUUUACUUCUAUGAAUUUCAACACCGGCCCCAGUGCUUUGAAGACACAAAACCAGCCUUCGUCAAAGCUGACCACUGUGAUGAAAUAUGCUUUGUCUUUGGAGGUGCCUUCCUGAUGGGUGACAUUGUCAUGUUUGAAGGAGCUACAAAAGAGGAGAAAUUGAUGGGCAGGAAGAUGAUGAGAUACUGGGCUAAUUUUGCUCAGAGUGGAAAUCCCAAUGGGAAUGAUCUGCCUCUGUGGCCAACCUACAAUCACACAGAGCAGUACCUGAUGCUGAAUUUGAACAUGAGCCUUGGACAGAGACUGAAAGAAAAGACAGUGGGAUUUUGGACUAAUAUCUUCCCUCUGGUCAUGUCAGCUUCUGAAGCUCUUCUCAGACCUCUUUCCUCCUUAACCAUCUUUUCUUUGUCCUUGUCUUUCUUUUUCUUGCUUGCUCCUUAG